AUGGCUUCGAUGGACAAGGUGUUUGCCGGCUAUCAGUCGCGGCUGCGGGUGUUGGAGGCGAGCACCAACCCGCUGGCGCAGGGCGUGGCGUGGAUCGAAGGCGAGCUGGUGCCGCUGUCGCAGGCGCGCAUCCCGCUGAUGGACCAAGGCUUCCUGCACAGCGACCUGACGUACGACGUGCCCGCGGUGUGGGAUGGCCGCUUCUUCCGGCUGGACGAUCACAUCAGCCGGCUGGAGAAGAGCUGCAGCAAGCUGCGGCUGAAGCUGCCCUUGCCGCGCGACGAGGUGAAGCGAGUGCUGGUCGACAUGGUGGCGCGGAGCGGGAUCCGCGACGCCUUUGUCGAGCUGAUCGUCACGCGCGGGCUCACGGGCGUGCGUGGCGCCGGCCGGCCCGAAGACCUGGUCAACAACCUCUACAUGUUCCUGCAGCCCUAUCUCUGGGUCAUGCCGCCCGAAACCCAGCUGGUCGGGGGCAGCGCCGUCAUCACCCGCACGGUGCGACGCACGCCGCCGGGCUCGAUGGAUCCGACGGUCAAGAACCUGCAAUGGGGCGACCUGACCAGAGCGUUGUUGGAGGCCUCCGACCGCGGCGCCAGCUAUCCCUUCCUGACCGACGGCGACGCCAACAUCACCGAGGGCUCCGGCUACAACAUUGUCCUGAUCAAGGACGGAGCCAUCCACACUCCGGACCGUGGUGUUCUGGAGGGCGUCACGCGCAAGACCGUCUUCGACAUUGCAAAGGCCAAUGGCUUUGAGGUCCGUCUGGAAGUCGUCCCCGUCGAGCUGGCCUACCGCGCCGACGAGAUCUUCAUGUGCACCACCGCCGGCGGGAUCAUGCCUAUCACCUCCCUGGACGGCCAGCCCGUGAACGGUGGCCAGAUCGGCCCCAUCACCAAGAAGAUCUGGGACGACUAUUGGGCUUUGCAUUACGAUCCAGCCUUUAGCUUCGAGAUCAAGUACGACGAGGCUGGGGCUUCCACGAACGGUGUCAAUGGCGUGCACAAGUGA